AAAAUAUUUGGGGGUGUUUUUAUUGAAGUGGUAGCAAACCAAGAGCUGGAACUCGCUUGCUCAGGGCAGUUUUGCAGCGCUGUCUAAAGGUGCAUCCCCGGAUCGUUGCACGCAGAGGGACUUGCACUGUUCCUGACUGCUGGUGCCACCAUUAACGCGAGCCAAAGCGCAUGGCCUGCAGCCGGGAUCGCUGCAGCGACCAUGAAACGGGUUCUUCGGUAAUGACGGGACACGGUGAGAUACCGACCGUGAUCGCCCUCUGAAUCCACGCGCUCCCAGCGGUUCACUGGGAUCAUUAGAACGCGGUUAAUUGCCUGAAGAUGGGAUUGCAGGUCUUGGGGCAGCCGGAACAGGGAGGGAGACCCCACAAACAGGACCUCGCUGGGGAGGACCGGGGAGGCCGGAGAGAAAGGGUGCAGGGGCGGGCAGGUCGCACCCCAGCCGUGUUUUUAGGAAGCCCCUGACAGGAACGCCGUCUCGUCCGCGGUGCCCCCGGCCGCCAUCACGGGCCGCGCCGGUUGCCGUGGCGACGGGGCCGCCCCGGCGGAAGUGACACAGCGGGGAAGGGCCGGAAGUGGCGGACGGGGCGGCGAUGGCGGAGGUGGAGGCGGCGGUGAGCGGGGCCGGCGGCAGCCCCGAGCCCGGCGGCGGCGGCGGCGGCAGCGGGUGGCGGCGGCCCCAUGGUCCGCUCCAGCGCUACUACGGGCCGCCCGCGGCCGAGGCGGCCGAGGCGGCCCCGGACCCCGCCGACAUCAACGGGCCCCACUUCGACCCGGAAGUUUUCCUGACCAAGGUGCGCAGUGAGUGUCCCCUGGGGCAGUUGUUGGCCCGUGAGGCUGCGCUGGGGCGGGAGAUCCGUGCCCUCGACAGCGACAUGCAGACGCUGCUCUACGAGAACUACAACAAGUUCAUUUCGGCCACCGACACCAUCCGAAAGAUGAAGGUCGAUUUCCGGCGCAUGGAGGCAGAGAUGGAUGAUUUGGCUGCCAACAUGGCCGCCAUCAGCACCUCCAGCGCCCGCGUCAGCGCCGCGCUGCAGGACCGGCACCGCCGCGGCGCCCAGCUCGCCGGGGUGCAGGCGCUGCUGCGGAAGCUGCAGUCGCUGGUGGAGGUGCCGGGGCGGCUGCGGCGCUGGGCGGCCCCGGGUGCGGAGCCUGCACGGGCCCUGCGCUGCCACGCCCGCGCCCGCGCCGUGCUCCGCCACUACCGUCACCUGCCCUCCUUCCGCGCCAUCGAGGACGAGAGCCACGCCAUCAUGGCCGACCUGGCCCAGCGCCUCCGCGCACGCCUCCGGGACGACACCUUGGACCCCAAGGAGCUCACCGAGUGCGUGGAGAUGCUGUUGCAGCUGGAAGAGCCGCCUGAGGAGCUGUGUGAGGAAUUCCUGAGCCACGCCAGCGCCCGCCUCGAGGCCGAGCUGGCAGCGCUGGAGGCCGAGCUGCCCCCGGCCGCCCCCUCCGGCACCGCCGCCACGCCGCCCCCCGCCUCCGACAUCCUCGACUUCGUCGACCGCGGCAGCUCGGCCUUCGUGGGCAACCUGUGCCUGCUCGCCGCCUCGUACCGCAGCCUCUUCGAGGGGCGCCCGGGGGCGGGGGGCGGCCGCCUGGAAGCCUUCGCCGCCGCCCUCACCGCCCGCUACUUCGAGCUGUUGGAGCGGCGGCUGGCGCUGGAGCGGGGCCUGGGUGACACCUCGCUGCUGGUGCGGGCGCUCGACCGCUUCCACCGCCGCCUCCGCGCCCUCCUCGAGCUGCUGCCCGCGGCCGGGGCCGAGGCGGGCGCGGCGCUGGUGGCCCGGGCUGCGCGCGAGCGGGUGGACCGCUACCUGCGGGCGCUCCAGACCUUCUUCCUGGGGUGCCUGGGCGACGUGCGCCAGGCGCUGGCCGCCCCCCGGCCCCCCGGCAAGGAGGGUCCCGGCCUGCCCGACCUCCUGGCCACGCUCGCCGCCUCCAUCCUCGGGCAGCUCAAGGCCGUCCUGGCCUACGUGCAGCUCUUCACCGCCAAGGACGUCGCCUUCGCCAGCCUGCCCUACUUCAAGGGGGAGUUCUGCGUGGAGGCGGUGCGCGAAGGGCUGGUGGUGGCCUUUGUGCGCUGGCUCUGCCGCACUGCCCGGGGCUUCGCCGAUGGCCCAGCGGAGCGGGGGGCCCCCGCAGCACCCCCGGCCCUCCUGCUGCUCCUUGCACGGCUCUGCCUUGACUAUGAGGCCACCACUGUCAGCUACAUCCUCACUCUCACCGAUGAGCAGUUUCCCCCCCAAGACACGGGCCCGGCGGUGACACCGGGACCGGCGCUGUGCGCGGAGGCGCGGGGGGCGGCGCAGCGGCUGCUCGACCACUACGUGCAGGUCCAGGGCGCCGCGGUGGCGCAGAUGCUUCGGAAGAGCGUCGAGACACGAGACUGGCUGGGCACCGUCGAGCCCCGCAACGUUCGGGCCGUCAUGAAGCGCGUGGUCGAGGACAUCACCGCCAUCGACGUCCAGGUGGGGCAGCUCUUCGAGGAGGGGGUGCGGCGGGCACAGAGCAGCGACUCGAGCCGGCGCGCCUUCUCCGUGUACAGCAGCUCGCGGGCCCCCGGGCGCUACGCCCCCAGCUACACCCCCAGUGCCCCCAUGGAUACCCACCUGCUCAGCAACAUCCAGAAGCUUUUCUCCGAACGCAUUGACAUCUUCAGCCCCGUUGAGUUCAACAAGGUGUCGGUGCUGACGGGGAUCAUCAAGAUCAGCCUAAAGACGCUGCUGGAAUGCGUGCGGCUGCGGACCCUGGGGCGCUUCGGGCUGCAGCAGGUGCAGGUGGACGGCCACUACCUGCAGCUCUACCUCUGGCGCUUCGCCGCCGACGAGCGGGUGGUGCAGGGGCUGCUGGACGAGGUGGCCGCCAGCGCCGCCCACCGCUGCCUCGACCCCGUCCCCAUGGAGCACAGCGUCGUGGAGCUCAUCUGCGAGCGCGGGUAGGACGUGGGGACACGGCGGGGGGCAGGGGUUGAUGGACAGGACCUGGUGUCACAGAGCAGGGGGACGCGGGACGUGUCUGAGGUCCUGUUAAACAUCUGGGGCCCGACGUGUACCCCGUGAGUCCCCACACAUACAUGGGGACACUCCAUGCAUCCUCCUCCCCCCCACAGCAACACACAAGGACGUCCCAUGUCCCCACACACAUCAACAUUCAGGGACCUCCCCUGUCUCCACGCUGGGUCACCCCAUGUCAUCAACCCCCACAGCCCUGGUAACACCCCACAUUGUUUCCCCCCACCCCAGUGCCAACCUUAACACGUGCUGAGACCCCACGUUGUCCCUACGGCCCCAGUGACACAUCAUGUCGUUCCCCCCACCUUGGUGACAUCCCCUCGUGCUUGGGAACACCCUGGGCACAGCCCCUUUGUCACCCUUGGGACAAUAAAUAAAAUAUGUAUGAGCUGUG